AGUGGACUACAAACAAUCAAAAUCUACGWACCCUUCAUAAAAAUUGAUCAACUCUAUCRCACUUCACUUUUUCCGAGAUGAUUGCUUCCUCGUCCCGUAGUUCUAAGGUUGCCAAGCAGGCCCUUCGCAGAACCACGAAGGCGGCGGAUGGCGCAGCCGCCUCUCGGCGAUCUGCAGCCARCAAGAAUAUUGGUUCUCUUCAAUCCCGAUCCAUAUCGUCGUCGGCUUCUCGCAURCCUCGUGGRUCCUUGUCUGCACUAAAAUUACAAAAGGAUAUCCUUCGACAUCCUGCCCGUUAUUAUACAACAGAACAGGUUUUGAAAYUGCGUGGAUCGAAGAUCGAUACGGAGAAACAAAAGGUCUUGUAUGAUGCUAAGGACGAAAAAGAUAAUUGCGGAGUCGGSCUCAUUGCUAACAUGAAAUCGAUUCCAUCCAGACAUGUUGUCGAAGUUGCUGACGAGAUGUUGGUUCGCAUGGCCCAUCGUGGUGGAUGCGGGUGUGAUCCGGCCUCGGGAGAUGGAGCCGGUAAGUAUAUYGUAUCYAUUUYAUGUGUUUUUUGGAAUAUGAAAUUGAUUCCGGAAUUUCWCUGACCGACGAUUUUUUUGGAUUUGAUGAUUGCUGCUCUUCGUAGGUUUCCUUUUGGGAAUGCCCGAUUCGUUCAUGCGCACAAAGGCGAAGGAAUUAUUUGCCACCGAACUCCCUCCUAUGGGUGAAUAUGCGGUUGGUAAUGUAUUUUUCCCUCCUGGAAGUGACACGAAGACGGUUAUGGAUGAUUGCAAAGCAAUCAUGGAACGGUUGGUCAAGGAGCGAGGAUUGAGCACAGUCGGAUGGAGACGRGUCCCCGUCGACAAUUCCAUGUUGGGAAAAGAUCCGCUCGAUAGCGAGCCCAUCACAGAACAAAUUUUCGUUACUGUUGCAGGGUCAACUGCAAAGGAUCGCAAAACGUUCGAGCAAGAUUUGCUCUUGGUCCGAAAAAUGGCAGAAGAAGAAGCAACCGAUAUGCUCGGACCUGAAAGUGGAUUUUAUGUCAAUUCGCUCACCACCAAUCACAUUACGUACAAGGGACAACUUACACCAGAACAAGUUUCGCAAUAUUACAAAGAUUUGGCAGAUCCCACCUUUGAAACCCAUUURGCGCUCGUACAUUCUCGCUUUUCUACCAAUACUUUUCCUUCGUGGGAACGUGCCCAGCCCAUCCGAAUGAUGUGCCAUAAUGGUGAGAUUAAUACGCUUCGCGGAAACAAAAAUUGGAUGUAUAGUCGCGGUGGAAUCAUGGAAUCUCCAAUCUACGGGAACGACACCCCAUUUUUGCUACCUGCUGUCUCCGAUCACAUGAGUGACUCCGGAAAUUUUGACUCUGUUUUGGAACUGCUCACGAAGGCAUCAAAYCGAUCUUUGCCCGAAAGUGUGAUGAUGAUGAUUCCCGAGGCAUGGCAAGGUAACGACAGCCUAUCCGAUGCCAAAAAAGCGUUCUACGAAUACAACUCUUGUGUCAUGGAACCUUGGGAUGGACCAGCCAUGGUUGCCUUCACUGACGAAAGAUACAUUGGUGCCACCUUGGAUCGCAAUGGUCUGCGUCCAUCAAGGUACUACGUGACUAACGAUGAUCACGUGAUAUUGUCAUCUGAAAUUGGUGUUUCUUCCGAGUUGCCUGACGUCGACGUUAAGAUUAAGCACAGAUUGGAACCUGGAAAAAUGUUCUUGGUUGAUUUUGAAACCCAGCGCAUCGUUCCAGACAAUGAAAUCAAGGAACAAAUUGCAGCUGCAAAGCCUUACUCUGAUUGGGUUGAUGGAAAUAUUGAUCUUGCAUCCUGGGCAAAAUCCAGUGGAUGCCAAGCAGAUCCUAUGGAUUUCAACCUCACCAACCGAAAACUCAACAUGUUCGGAUAUACCAGUGAGAAGUUAGACGUUUUGCUCCUACCCAUGGCUAUCAACGGAAAGGAGGCUUUGGGAAGUAUGGGAAAUGAUGCUGCAUUGGCUGUAUUAUCGGAACAACCUCGUCAAGUAAAUGACUAUUUCAAGCAGCUCUUUGCACAGGUGACAAAUCCACCUAUCGACCCAAUUCGCGAAGAAAUUGUUAUGAGUCUCGUCUGCCCCGUUGGUCCCGAAGGGAACUUGCUGGCCGAUGAUGGGCCAGAGCACAGUCGACGCCUCGUUGUUAAUCAUCCCGUUUUGACCCUAGAAGAAAUGGCAACGCUCAAGGGAAAUGAAUUCAAACGAAGCGAUGGUUCGACCCAAUUCAAAUGCACCACGAUUGACACUACAUUUCCAGUUGGCAGCGGAGCUGACGGUAUGCUAGCGGUAAGUCCACAUGCUACAUGUUGACYGAGUAAACUUGACUUUUCCAUGCAUCUAAUUGAACAUUUUUGUUUCCGAUCAAUUUUGUGUAGGCUCUGGAACGUAUCUGUGACGAAGCAGCAGAUGCGAUCCAAGGAGGCAAAUUCGGAGAGAAGGGGGCCCAAGGUGUGAUUUUAUCUGAUAAAUUUGCAGGACCAGACCGCAUGGCCCUGCCAUCACUYCUCGCUGUCGGAGCUGUUCAUCAUCACCUGAUCGGAACAAAGCAGAGACCAAAGGCUGCUAUUUUCGCAGAAGUGGGUGAUGCAAAGGAGGUUCAUGAUUAUGCUACCAUUUUUGGCUAUGGAUGCGAUGGUGUCUGCCCUUAUAUGGCAUAUGAAUCUCUUAGUAAGAUGAAUGYCGACGGUAUGGUGGAGGCAAGAGCGAAGAAAGAAAUGUCCGAUGAUGAACUUUUCAAAAACUACCGCAAUGCAGCCGCGAAGGGGCUUUUGAAGGUUAUGAGCAAAAUGGGCAUCUCUACUUUGCAGAGUUACAAGGGAGCUCAAGUGUUCGAGGCAGUCGGACUUGCUGAUGAAGUCGUUGAUAGAUGCUUUACUGGUACGACGACCCGUAUUCAAGGCACGGACUUUGAAGCCCUCUACAGAGAUCUUGAACGCUUUCAUGACGAUGCUUUCCCAAUCCAUGACAAUGAAGAUUCAGUCAUGAUCCGUAGUGAUGGACAAUUUCAUUAYAGAGCUGGGGGCGAGGCACACUUGAACACCCCUGACUCCAUGGUAAAUUUGCAAAUUGCGGCAAGAACUAACUCACGCGAUGCAUACAAAGAAUUUUCACGUAUCACAAACGAGCAGAAUUCAAAGGUAACGCUUCGUGGUCAACUGAAAUUCAAGUAUGACCCUUCAAAAGCUAUUCCUUUAGAAGAAGUCGAACCUGUGUCCGAAAUCGUGAAGCGUUUCGCUACUGGAGCCAUGUCUCUAGGUUCCAUCAGCCAGGAAGCUCAUGAAACGCUUGCAGUCGCCAUGAAYACCCUUGGUGGACGCUCGAACACUGGUGAGGGCGGAGAAGAUCCYAAGAGAUUCACUGACAACCGUCGYUCUAGUAUCAAGCAAGUUGCUUCAGGUCGAUUUGGUGUCACAUCUAACUACCUUGCUAACAGUGACCAAAUUCAGAUUAAGAUGGCGCAGGGUGCCAAGCCUGGUGAGGGAGGAGAAUUACCCGGUUUCAAGGUAUCGGAGUACAUCGCAGAGAACCGUCACACAACCCCUGGAGUCGGUUUGAUUUCUCCCCCUCCGCAYCACGAUAUCUACUCCAUUGAAGAUCUUGCUCAGCUUAUCCAUGAUCUGAAGAACGCCCAACCAACUGGGGAAGUAUCAACAAAGCUUGUUUCAGAAGUCGGUGUCGGCGUUAUCGCGGCUGGUGUAGCGAAAGCACUAUCUGACCACAUUACUAUYAGUGGACAUGAUGGUGGUACAGGAGCUGCAGCUUGGACUGGAGUAAAGGGGUGCGGUCUUCCUUGGGAACUUGGACUCGCAGAAACUCAACAAACUCUGGUUCUGAACGGACUCCGUGAUCGUAUCAAGCUUCAGACCGAUGGUCAACUCAAGACUGGRCGUGACGUUGCGAUUGCAUGCUUGCUGGGUGCCGAGGAAUUUGGAUUUGCCACCGCUCCAUUGAUUACCAUGGGUUGCAUCAUGAUGCGAAAAUGUCACUUGAACACGUGCCCUGUCGGUGUCGCAACACAAGACGAAGAAUUGCGAAAGAAAUUUACUGGACAGCCUGAGCAUGUCGUCAAUUACUUUUUCUUGUUAGCUGAAGAGGUCCGUGAGAUCAUGGCAAAAUUGGGAUAUCGCAAAAUGGAGGACAUGAUUGGACAGACCCAGCACUUGGAAUUGAACAAAAAGGGUCAACAUUACAAGAGUCGUGGAUUGGACCUCACUCCACUUUUGACUCCAGCGUCUGAACUCAACCCUUCCGCUGGAGUUAGAAAUUUGACUACUCAGUAUCAUGGGAUCGAUGUCACACUGGAUAACAARUUCAUCGCCCAGGCACAAGAUGCUCUCAAYAACAAGGCACCUGUCGUAAUCAACGAAAGAAUUGAAAAUACUGAUCGUACUCUGGGAACGAUGCUUUCUUACGAAAUUUCGAAGCGAUAUGGUGGAGAGGGUUUGCCAGAUGAUACCAUCACUCUCAACCUCGAGGGUAAGGGUGGGCAAUCUUUUGGUUUCACGCUAGCCAAGGGUAUCACUGCUAAUGUUAUUGGUGACGCCAAUGACUACACUGGAAAGGGUCUUUCGGGAGGAAAAAUCGCUGUUUUCCCCUCCRAGGAAGCCGUUGCCACCGGUUUCAAACCUGAAGAUCACGUCGUGGUUGGAAAUGUAUGUCUCUAUGGGGCCACCUCGGGUAAAGCUUUCUUCAACGGGAAGGCAGGAGAGCGAUUCUGUGUGCGUAACUCUGGGGCAUUAGCUGUUGUGGAAGGUGUAGGUGAUCACGGCUGCGAAUACAUGACAGGUGGAGUGAUGGUUUGUCUCGGAGAAACCGGCCGUAACUUUGCUGCCGGAAUGAGYGGUGGUAUUGCAUAYGUUUACGAUCCCGAGAAAAAAUUUCCGGCUCGAUGUAAUAUGGGACUCGURGGACUGGAGAAAAUUGAUACUGAUGCCGAGAAGGAAGAAGUAUUUGGAUAUAUUCAAGAACACGUCGCAGCGACUGCUAGUAGUGUGGGGGCCGAGAUGCUAGAAAAUUGGGAUUCUAGGGCCAAGGAUUUUGUCAAGGUCUUCCCCCACGACUACAAGAGAGUAUUGGAAGAAAGAGCCGCUGCAUCGGCCGAGGCUGCCUAAGCAAGCGUGAAAGUACAAACAAACCWUUGCGAUCGAACCCUUUUGAUAAUUAAAACCCAUGUAUAAAAUUUAUUUUAGAAC